UUUCCGCAACACGUCCAAGGUUUGAAUAUUACGCCUUGCCUUUCUAUAAAGCAUGUACGUACUUCCGUGCUUCGCUCUUUCGUGUUAUCAGAAUACGUUGAAGGUUCUCGGAGCUCAUUGCCCCUCCUUGUCAUGGUCUUUAUUGCUACGAGAAUCUGGCAUCGUAUCUUCCAAGACAAUUUUAUUAUAAUUGCAUGGAUAACCAUAACGAGUGCUGGUUUACAGUGGCUUUUCGCAUCGCCUGAUUCCUUGCAUCAAAUUGCUGCAGUCAUCGACAGCACUAACAACAUCACGACUACCAUACCCUUAACCUCAACAGGAGUGAAAGUUACCAAUCCCAAGGAACAAUUGCGCAAGUGUCACUUUCGACAUGAAUAACUGAAAUCGUCAAAGCUUCCGAUAGUCAAAACUGAUCAGUUGUUUCCCCAUGUACGCCUGGAAUGAUAUUCUCUCUGGUAUACAGUUUCUUUGCCCCUGAAGCAGACGGAAGAGAAAGUUGUCAAGGUCUGUCGCGUGUUUCCAGAUCUCACUUGACGCGAUGAUGCUUAUAGGUUAGAUAUUCACUCGUGAUUAACUGGGAACAGCUGAUGUGCUCCUUAUCAUGUCAUUCUUUUUGGUAUUGAUGAAGAAAACUAUAAUACAUUCGCUUUGCGUUCUUCAUGAAAGUUAACUUGGUAGAAAUUAAGCUGUUUUGUUGACAGCAAAUGGAAAUAAAAAUAAAUUAUAAAAAUAUUAAAAGAUGAAUAAACAAAGAAUCAAAGUAAUAUAUCAACAACGAGUAGCUUUUCAUACCACGUAAAGAAAAGAAAAAAACUAGGGAACAUGAAGCAAGGUGUGGCGUGCAAGCACACUUGCAGUGAAGGCCACAGCUGCCAGCUGUGCUGAAACGGUGGAGGCGGCAACAGUGGUGGAGGUUGUCGUGGUGAGCAGGGCAUGCCAGAGACUGAACACACGGAAUCAACAGGAUAUGACCCUCAAUUACAAUAGCAAGUGGACGAACGCGCCCCAGGAACGUGUGGUGCCUGAGGUGUACCAAACCUGAUCCUGCCGCACCCUCCAUCCGUCCCUCCCUCUUACCCUCCCCCUCUUUCAUUGUUUUCUUCCUUUAUUCCUUUCUCCACUCCUGUAUCUUCCCUCCGACAUUUACGUAUACGAGGGCGCAGGAGGAGGGAUUCCCAGCACCAUGGCGGACCACGACAAGGAGCAAGGGCUACACAACCCAGCCUUCUCAAACGAUGACGGAAAACUGCAAACGGAGGCCUCAGCGAACUUUAAAAAGGUGGACAAUGGCUCUGACUUGACCGAGGUGGUGGUGCAGGAGAACACAGAGGGCGAUCCAGCACAGCAGCGGGCCAUCAUGAAGAAUGUUCUGAUUAUCUCCCUCGCCUUCACCUUCCUCUUCACCGCCUUCAACUCCAUGGCGAACCUGCAGUCAUCCAUCAACAAAGCAGAUGGUACAGUGUCGCUAACUAUAAUUUACGUAGCACUGGUAGUAUCCUGCUGCUUCCUGCCAUCACUGUUCAUCAGGUUUUUGAAGUCUAAGUACACAAUGGCGCUGUGCAUGGUGGCAUACUCUACCUACAUCGCAGCACAGUUCUACCCAGUGCUGGGCACACUGUUGCCAACGGGAAUCUUGCUUGGGCUGGCGGCGGCUCCACUGUGGUCAUCGAAAUGUACUUACUUAACUAAGGUAGGCACUAAGUACGCCCAACUGACGGGACAAAACGAAGAGGUGAUCGUCACUCGGUACUUUGGUAUCUUCUUCCUCUUCUUCCAGUCGACGCAGGUGUGGGGCAACCUUAUCUCCUCCACAGUGUUGUCCAGUGGUGGGGAACAGCUAAACAAGACGGAAGAGGAGCUCGAGCAAUGUGGCUACAAUUUCUGUCUAACAGAAAAAACAGAAAAUAGCAGCAGUAACGGCACUGAAGGUAUCAUUCCUGACUGGCAGAGGUACACCAUGGCAAGCAUCUACCUGGUGUUUGCUCUCCUGUCCUCAGUCAUCAUCGUACUGUUCGUCGAUCCUCUCAGCAGGUUCAGUGGGAGUAUAGCCGAGACUGAGAACAAGUCGCACACGCAACUUCUGAUUGCCACCUUCAACCACAUGCGUCACCCAUACCAGCUGCUCAUCAUCCCCCUCACCAUCUGGUCGGGCGUGGAACAAGGCUUCUUCCAGUCUGAUUACACAGCCGCUUACGUGUCGUGCGGCCUCGGUGUGCACAUGGUGGGGUACGUGAUGAUCUGCUACGGGGUGUGUGACGCCCUCUGCUCCGUCUCCUUCAGCCCGCUGGUCAAACUGGUGGGUCGCGUGCCCGUCUUCACCAUGGGGGCAGUGAUCAACUUCGGGGUCAUCAUUACUCUCAUAUACUGGCGGCCUCACCCUGACGACACGGCCAUAUUCUUCGUGCUGGCCGGGCUGUGGGGCGUGUCAGAUGCUGUCUGGCAGACGCAAAUUAAUGCAUUCUACGGUGUAAUCUUUCCGGGAAAGGCAGAGGCUGCAUUCAGUAACUACCGCCUCUGGGAGUCCAUUGGGUUCAUCAUCACCUUCGCCUGCAGCAGUCUCAUCUGCAUCAACGCAAAGAUCAUCAUUUUGUUGGUGUUCAUCAUCACAGGCAUGGUAGGAUACAUCUUCAUCGAGAUCAACGAAAAACGAGGAGGACUCAAGAAGGACAACAAUGGAAAUGUUAUUCCCAUAGACAAGCUUGUCAAGGAAACUCCCUUUGGGCAUUGAUGGAAGACAACAUAAUUGCUGACUAAUUAUUGUUUAGCAAUACACGUAAGGUUUCGUUUGGGAUCAACUGUUAGGGACAGUUUCCUAUAGCAGGUUGUGAUAACAGACAAUUUUUAUCCUAUACACUGAUGCAAACGUGUCCUGCAAGAGAACUGUGUAAAGCCACCUCAAGUUUAAGACAGAAAACACAGUAAUUGAAAUGUUGAAGCAGUGUGGGAAAAUUGUAUUUUUUUGUGAAACAGAUCAUAUAUGUAUAUAUAUAUAUAUAUAU